AUGGGUCACAUGUACCAGCUUGGGUUCCAGUUGCUGAUCAUUGCAAGAUCUGCAUCAGAUUCUAGAAUAUUAGAGGAUGCCAUUCACAGACAGGGUGACAGCAAGUUAGUGGUACCUACAGGUAAAUUUUAUCUAGUUAAUGCUGGGUUUGCCAACAGAACUAGAUUCUUGAGACUGUAUCGUAAUGUUAGGUACCAUUUAAAGGAGUGGAAGAAUUCAAACUUGUCACCAACAAAUAAACAGGAAUUGUUUAAUCUGCGACAUUCUAAGCUACGAAGCGUUAUUGAACGGGCAUUCUCUAAUUUGAAGUUAAGGUUCAAGAUAUUGAAAGCUCAAGCGGAAUACCCAUUUAGGACUCAAGUAAAAAUUGUUCAAGCAUGUGUUCUACUUCAUAACCAAAUCCUUACACAGCACAGUAUUGAAGAAGAAGAUGAGUGGUUAGAUGCAGAUGAGAGAGCUGCAGGGCCUAGUUCUAGUGUUCAACCAAACCAACAAAUUGAUGAUGAUGAUGAUGAUGAUGAUGAUGAUGAUGAUGAAGUUGAGGAUGAUUACAGUGGUGAAGCCCUUAAUGCUGAUCAACUCAGAGAAGAAAUAGCUAACAACAUGUGGGCUAACUGGAUGACAGGCGAUAUGGAUGAUGAAGAAACUUCUACUUCUGCUAAUGGUUAA